AUGGAUACUUCAAUAAAUAAUAAUAAUGAUUUAAUAGCCUCUGGUUUCAACGAAAUUGAUCAAUUGCCAUCAACUCAAGUCAAAGAUGGUAUUCUUGAUAAUGUCGAAAAUGAAGAGGUAAAUCAUGAUUCUGAUGAUGAAAGUUGUAGUUCGUGUAGUCACCAAGAAUUUGUUAAUGCUGUGGAAAAGCAGGAAGUUCCAGUUCAAGUUACCACAUCAGCAUUAGAAACUGAAGUAGAUGCGUUUACACGUUUUAUCGAACGACAACGCAUGGAAGUUAUGUUUGAACUACGACGAAUAAGACUUGGUGAAAGACCAGUAACCGGACAACCAAAUCGUGAACGGAUCGAAACCUUUCUUACUAAUCUACAAAAUGACAAUACACAACCUCGAUUAUCUACAAGACCAUCUGUCAGAAGUGCACAUAUGGAUGAUAUCGAUGCUUUGAGUAGUCAACGAUGUGUUUCAGCUAUAUUAGCAAGUGCAGGAUUUCGUCAAGAUCUCGAAAAUGCUGUACGACGAUCUGUCACACCAACUUCUACACGAGAAAAUGUUCGUCCAUCUGGAUGUAUACCUGUUGCACCGCCUCUUCGUCCUUUAACACAACAGACAUCCGUGAUUCCACCUCCCCCACCUCUCACCGUUUCGCCACCUCUUCCAGAAGAACAACUAUUACCUGUAAAUCAACAGCCAACAAAUCUAAUCAGGCAAGAACGUCAAAUGGAAGCAUGGGAUCGCAUUACACAAUUACAACGUGAAGUUCUCGUAGUUGAGAUUAGCGAUCUUGUUCAUCGUCAGUUAGUAACAAGUGCCCUGGAAUCCGACUUCAGAUCGCAUUUAGAGAGAAAUGUUUUGAAUCGUCUUCAACAAGGAAGUCCUCAGCAACAAAUCAACGAAGUACAAGAAAAUAGACCUGCACGACAUACAAAUAGAAAUGCCGAUAAUCCGUUACUUAAUCGACAAAAUAUUACAACCACUACGACACAGAUACAAACACUUGAAACUCGCAUGGAUGCUAUGCAAAGUAUGAUGCAAUCAAUGCUCAAUAUGCAAAUAGAAUUUCAACGUACAUUAAAACAGGAAGUGGCGAGCGUAUUUACAAACUGUUCUUUACCUCAACCGCCACCAUCCAUUCCUGUUUCAGCCGGAAAUUGUACAGUUUGUUUAGAAAAAAGUGCUGAUACAGUACUGUACAAAUGUGGUCAUCUAUGUGUAUGUUAUACAUGUGGAUUACGCUUACGUCAACAAAGUGCUGUAUUUACAUGUCCAGUAUGUCGAUCACGUGUCGAUGAUAUCAUACGCGUGUACAGAAGUGCAGAUAAAUAA